UAAACCUCAAAAUUUGCAAAGCUCGGUCUGCGGGACGAUUUGCUCCCAGCUUCCCAUACUUCAUAGACAACGCCUGAACCAAAAUUGGAAAACAAAGAAAAGAAGUGAAGCUGAAUUCAAAAAAUUAAGUAAUAGCUAUGUCAUCUUCGUCACUUUCUACCACACUUUUUCCAAUAUGCAAUUCGUCUUCCACCACAAUCUCCACAAAACCCAAGCUUUCUCUUCUUUCUUUGCCUUCAAAUGAGGCAAAACUGCCGACCCUUUUGGGAAAAUCCUCUCGAUUUUUAGUUUCAACAGUCUCUGCUGCCCCUGAAGUCUUGGACACUGCUGACUCCACUGGCUUUCAGGGUGAGGAUUCUGGUGUUGAAACGUUGAGUGCUGGUGGUGACUCUGAUAGGGUAGCACCAAAGCAGAAGAUUAGGAUCAAAUUGAGGUCAUAUUGGGUACCCCUGAUAGAAGACUCAUGCAAGCAGAUAAUGGAUGCUGCAAAGAAUACAAACGCAAAGACAAUGGGUCCUGUGCCGUUACCAACCAAGAAGCGGGUGUAUUGUGUUCUGAAAUCUCCCCAUGUCCACAAAGACGCCAGGUUUCACUUUGAAAUCAGAACUCAUCAACGUCUUAUUGACAUACUUUACCCCACUGCCCAAACAAUUGACUCACUGAUGCAGCUCGACCUUCCUGCUGGGGUUGAUGUGGAGGUCAAGCUAUGAUAUAGCAAUCUUUUCAUUUUUAUGGUUACUUUUGAAUAUCUGUGCUUUGUAGAAUGGCCAUUAGCCUAGCAUUGAAGAGGAUGAUGUAAUUGGCAUUAACUCUUAUGGAUAUCAUAACAGGAUCUUAUUGCUAUCUUACAUUUUGCGAUGUUUAUAUUAUGCUUUGCUGUUGCUGUGAAUUCAUGUAUCUUUUUUAUGA